UGUGCGUGUGCGUGCGCGAGCGCGGAGGCCGGAAGCGGUCUCGCGGCCCCGGGCGUCGCGGGCCAUGGAGGGUCUCCUCCUGGGUGGCGGGCUGUCUCGCGAGGGAUCAGCGGAGGAGGCCGAGCCCCAGAGCGCCGCCUGGAGCGGGGACAGCGGUAACGUGUCGCAGAGCCACAGCAGCGCCUCGGGGCCGUGGGAGGACGAGGGCCCGGAGCUGGGCGUGCCGGGCGGCGACCUGCCGCUGCUGCGCCGCGCCGCCGCAAGCUACACCGCCUGCCUGCUGCCCGGGGCUGCGGCGCGGCCCGAGGUCGAGGCCCUGGACGCGAGCCUGGAGGAUCUCCUCACCAGGGUGGACGAGUUCGUGGGCAUGCUGGACAUGCUGCGCGGGGACUCCUCCCACGUCGUCAGCGAGGGCAUGCCUCGCAUUUACGCGAAGGCCACCGAGAUGCGGCAGGUCUACAGCAAGAUUGACAGACUCGAGGCCUUCGUGGGGAUGAUCGGCGCCAGUGUGGCCAGGUUGGAGGAGCAGGUCGCCAGGGCGGAGGCCGAGCUGGGGGCCUUCCCCAGUACAUUCAGAAAAUUGCUGCACACAAUUCACGUGCCCUCCAUCUUCAACAAGGCGCCCUCCAGCAGGUCCCAGCAAACCCGCUACGAACCCCCUGUCCUGUUUCGGACCGAGGACCACUUCCCCUGUUGCAGCGAAAGACCUCAGAUCUGAGUCGGCCGGACAACACUGCUAGAGGAUGCUGCGAUCUGAGAUUAUUUCGAGUGUUAAUUAAAUCAGUUGACGAUCCAGUUAAUAGACAUGAUGUUGGAGUAUGGAAUUUUAAAGUUUAUUAUUUGCACAUUCUAUUUCUCACUGUCUUCAUUAUUUCACGUAGGGUUUAUGAUUUUCUAUGUCUUCCAAUUCUAACCUGAAAGCUGCUUGGUGGGAGCGAUCGGGAAGCAAAUCGAAUGCACAUAACUGCGCUGUGGCCGAACUGUUAUUUUUAUGGAAUUUUUUUUUAGAGCUCAGAAACCAGUAUUACCUUUUCAAGAUUUAUAUAUCCACAUACUCUUAAGAAAAACUACUGAAUCUUCAAAGCCUUGUUAUUCGAUCCUAAUGGUGAUUCAAUUUUCUAUACCCUACUCUUAGGAUGGGUGGUAAAUUAUUUAACAUUGUAUUAAACUUUCCACUCAGAAAUGAUACAACUUCUAAGAAAAUGUAUUGAUUUUUUGCAGUGAAUUCUGAGGUUGUAUUGAAAGUAUGACCUUACAAUCUGAAUCCAUGCGUACCAUACAUGUCUAUAUCUGACAGCAUUCGGUUUAUAAUUUAAAUAUUAAUAAACAUUUUAAAUUUACUGGAAAAGCUUGCCUUCUGAAAAGGACUUUACAUAUUUCUUUUCUGUUUGUUUGAAAAUAAACAUUGCUCAUACGA